AUGACCGACAAGCCCUUGCAAAGGGCAUUGAGCAAUCCUGAAGCUGCAGGUCGACUGACGCUGUGGGCGAUAGAGUUGAGCGAAUUUGAUAUCAAGUACCACCCACGUGUAGCCAUUGAAGGACAGAUCGUAGCCGACUUCAUAGCAGAAUUUACUCGUGACGAAGACAAGGGGGCAGAAGAGUCCCCUCAGUGGAGCAUAUAUACCGACGGAUCAUCCAAUAGGCAAGCCGGGGGAGCCGGCAUCGUAUUGCUGUCACCUGAAGGAGACAGGAUCGAAUGUAUGGUCCAUCUAGACUUCCCCACCACCAACAAUGAAGCGGAAUACAAAGUAGUGGUAGCAGGCCUCGACCUAGCCAAAGCCGCAGGAGCCAAGAGCGUAAUCAUUUACUGCGACUCUCAGGUCGUGACCAAUCAUGUGAACGGAGAUUACGAAUGCAAGGGGGAAAGGAUGAAGAUAUAUCUUGAUCAAGUGAGGGCGAGAAUCGACGACCUAGAAGCCAAGGUCAUCCAAAUCCCCAGGGGAGAAAAUGAGCUCGCCGACCGGCUAACCAAAACCGCUUCAACAGAUCAUAUGAUAACAUCGGGUAAUGUACUUUCUUUUGUUCAACUUUCUCCACUAAUAGACCCCGGCAACAUGCAGGAUAUAUGCUCCGAAAGUAACUGGACCACACAGAUAAUUUGA